AUGUCGCUGGACGAAGAAAGCCUCGAGACAGUCGCCAAUGGCGGCACGAUGGACUAUGAGAAAUGGCCCAGCAUGGUCGAACCCCUGCUUGAACGAUUGGAAUAUAUCAUAUACAGCGUCUUCCCAAUGCCGCGGAUCCCCCCCGACCUUCAACAGCAGUCUGCCAAUCCCACCGUCCCCACAACCACGCCAUCUACAACCCUCCAAACCUCCACCCAGCCCGAACCAUCAUCGCAGCAAUCCACCACAACUGAGCGUAUCCCCGACUCCCAACCCCAGUCCUCGCAGGGCUCCUCUCUCCCCGAACCCCUCCAACACCACCUAAACUCCAUCAAAUCCACCUUGCGAUCCCUCUUCGCCUCAAAACCACCACACACUAUCCAACGUCUCGCAGAACUCAUCGUUCGUCCUACGGCCCACUACCGCACUCUUCCCGCAUACCUUCGCGCCGUCGACCGCGUCGUCUGCGUCACUAGCAGCGCGGAAAUCUUCCCUCUCCACUCGACACACCAUGGCGCUGCUCCCCAGCCCAACGGCGCGAUCAUCAACGGCGCCGAUACCGGCCUCCUAUUCCCGGACCAUACACUCGGCAGCGAUGAGUCUCUAGGCGGAGCACUUCUCACGCCGAUCCCGUGGUUGAGUAAUGAUCCCUCGUCGCCGGAGCAUGAGAGUGAAAGCGGUGCGCUUAUGGGGGAUACUGGGUUCACUACCCAGGUAGUGGAGAGCACUGUCACUGAGCAAGGACAUCAGCAGCUGGGAUCUGUUACUACUACCGAGACGGCGACGGUAGUGACGGCGGACACAAAUGGAAAUGAAGGCACGAGUGAAGCUCCGUCGGCUGAGACAUUGGAGGAUAUUCCGCAUGCCAGAGGUCCCUCUGUAGUCGGAGUGGAAGAUCUAGGGUUACAGGAUGGUAGGGGCGUGGAGAUGGAUCUCUCGAGUGGAGGGGAGGAGGCGCCAGGACUGCAGGCUGCAGGACAGGAGACUUCCCAGCCGCAGCCGCAGCAGGAGGAGCAAGAGCAAGGACAGCAGCAACAAGAACAGCAGCAGACUACUAGUCAGGAUGGAGAAGAAGGUGGUGCUAAGCCGACAGCAGAUGGAGAUGGAGAUAUUUCUCUAGACGAUGCCAAAGCACCGGAGGAGAACGCUUCAGUAUCUGAGACGGCGGAUAAAGAGCAGCAGCAGCAGCAACAGCAACAGCAGGCGUAG